UGUCCACUAAAUCUCCUCUAAGAAACACCAUCCAGAGUGUCUACAUCUACAGAUUAGCUCCUCCACGUUAUCUAACCUCUAACAAUGGACGCUGCGUGUCCUGAACGCACCACGCCUGCAGUUCAAUGACACCUCUACUACUCGGUUAAAUCGAUUGUGAAGACAUUUACCUUUCAGUUUCUUUUUUUUUUCUUUUUUAUUAAAACAACGACCGGUUUAAAAUGUAGCCCUGUGGACCUGCCAGAGGAAACAAUAUAAAGGAUAAAGCGAGCAUGGAGCUCGUUUGCCAUGUCUAAGGUGGCGGUAAAGAAGCAGCACUGGCGUUCCAAGAUGCAGGACACCUUUGUACCGUUGACAGGCUCAUCCGGCGAGCUUGGCGUCGCCAUUGGUGGAGGAGCAGACUAUGGAGAGUUUCCUUUUGUCACCGCCGCCCCCGGGGAUGGACUCACGGUGGGUGAUAUCAUCCUGGAGAUUGGUGGAACACCUGUACUGGGCAUGACUUUAGGAGAUGUACGCGGUGUCCUCAACUCUUGCCCCCAUCCUGUCCGCAUCAAAACAGUAUCACCAGGUGCCACAUUGUGCAAGGAUCUUAGGUUGUAUCUGAGUAAGUGCUUCACGCCCGGCUCAGUGGACAGCCAACUUCAGCAGGUCAUCCGAGAGAACCUUUACCUCCGUGCUGUACCUUGUACAACCAGACAGCCCAGAGUCGGAGAAAUAUCUGGAACAGAUUAUAACUUUGUCUCCAUUGAGGAGUUUUUUUCUCUGGAGGAGUCAGGAGCACUGUUGGAGAGUGGGAAGUUUAAAGGGAAUUACUACGGCACGCCUCGGCCCGUUCACAUCAGCCCGGAGAGCCCCCCCAUCACCUACCAGGAACACCGCAACCUGCUCAGAAACUUCCGCACGCGUAGCAAGUCCCUCAACAACCUGGAGAAGUCUGCGGUGGAAGUGGAGAAUGGCGAGGACGACCUGGGAUUCUCAGGAGGACAUCGCUCGCCCAGUUGGCGGCGGGCGUCGAGCGUCCUGGAAAAUGGAAUCAUCUGCAAUAUGGGCGGAGCCAGAGGGAGAGGGGUGUUGCCGGAUCACUGGGAGCAGGCGUUCAGCGAUCCUGGAGAGUGUCACUACAAAGACCACAAGAGGACCAGCUGGCAGGGUCCUCGGGCUCCAAGCAGGGAGUCCAUCUACAAAAACGAAUGGUUCACAGAGCACCCAGAGGAUCUUCGAGGUUUUCUUGUGCACACGCAUUUGAUCAAGGGCUCCAGAGGCUUUGGCUUCAAUAUUGUUGGAGGCAGCAAGCCGAGAGAGUUCCUGCAGGUCUACAGCGUGACGUCAAGUGGACCUUCGGCACUCAAGACAGCGGACAUCCUGGUGUACAUCAAUGACAUUUGUGUGUUGGGAGUGUCCCACAAGGAGGUAGUGGAGAUGCUCAAAUCGGUACCAGUGGGCCACAGUGUACACAUCGCAAUCAGAAGAGGGUACCCCUUGCUAUACAACCACGACGGGUGUCUCAAGCAGCCCCCACAGACACAGUUACCGGACAGUGAGGACCCCACGCUAUUACCUACCACCUUCCAGCCCCAGUCCCUUCACCAGAUACCUCGCCGCUCAACACCCCAGAGCCAUCACUUUAACGGAUUCCACGGUGAUUACAUGGAGCCCGGCGUGAUCCUUGACGCUAAUGGAAACGCCACUUCAUUAGCCAGCAGGCGGUCCUCAUUCAGACGCUCCAGUUUCAGUCAUACUGCCUCUCCGCCCCUUACACGCCCACCUCGUUCCAUGAGAAGUUUUGCCCGACUCCAGUCACUUGACCCAACACUGGCAAGCCAGAGUGACAGUGAAGUGGUCUCUGCGAUUGGUUCACACAGGGCAUCUGUGAUCCGCAAUCACAACAAUAACUCCCUGUCAACGCCGCCCCAUCCUUUACGUUACGGUACAUCCAAGUCAUCCGAGAGCGACCUAUCUACCUGUACCCUACCUGUAUCCCGCCUGCCCCUGCCUCAGUCACCCAAGCGGCCCUCGUCCUCCCCGGGUGGUCCCCGCAGUGCUCACGCCCACCUCUUCAGGCCGCAGUCCUCCCACCUCCGACCUCCACCGACACCCGACACCCCCCGCCAUCGCAGCUUUAAUGGUUUCCAUAGCAACACCAGCCCUACCGCAAGUCCCAGUAAGAUGUCCUCUCCUGGUGCAAUGAGUGUUGGUAGUGGACCGGGAGGAUUCCGCGGAGGGGAGUUGGUGCCGGUGGCUUUGGCGCAGAGCGAAAGAGACAGGGGCUUGGGCUUCAGCAUGAUGGCCGGUGGUCCGGGGGGCAGGAUGACCAUCGUGAGAAGAAUCUGGGAUAGGAAGCAGUGCAAUACUUUACAGCCAGGGGAUGCUAUUGUCAAGAUCAAUGGAGCUGAUGUUCAGAGUCUUAGCCUUGCUCAGGUACAAACAGUUCUUCAGGAGCAUACCAAACAGGGAGAAGUCAUCCUAUUGGUCUACAGGGGAGGCAUCUAUUCAACUAUUUCCCCAGGCUCCGUGCGGAGACUUUGCUCUCCUCUGCUCCACCCUCCUCCUCCUCCACCACCCGGUAGCUUGGACAACCACGUCAUCCACACCGAUGCCUUACCUAUACCCCAGACAUGUUCCUCGCUGAUCCAGAGCACCAGUUUCUUGGAGUCAAUUCCAGUCACUCUGACCAUGGAGCCCAAAGACUGGAUCGAAACAGGUUUGGAGGACGUAGCCGGAAGAGGCACAGAACCGGAUUCAGGUCUGGAAAUGCGAGAAGAUGAGGGUGUCCGACCACUGAGAGGGUUUGAUGUGGAGUUGAGGAGGAAGCCAGGGGAGGGUUUUGGAUUUGUCAUCGCCUCUCAAGAUCUGGAGAACACAAAAGCUGCAUCCCUUCUCCCCCAUCGCUUUGUGACGGUGCGCCGAGGUAGCCCGGCAUCAAAGAGCGGUCAGAUUCGACCCGGAGAUCGAUUGGAGGCCGUGGAAGGACGCUCGGUGGUGACGCUUCCUCAUCGCGAGCUUGCUCAGAUCCUACGCCGUGCAGGAAACACUCUACGCCUCACCAUUGUACCCCGACCUAGCACCUAUUCAUCAGGACUCGCGGAACCCACAGAGUAUGAAUUUGGUCACAGAAACAAAAAGAGUCAGAAGUCACGUGCGAAACGUGACUCCAGGUAUUACAGCAUCGACUUGGAUCGGGGUCCGUCUGGUUUUGGGUUCAGCCUCAGAGGGGGAAGCGAAUACAACAUGGGGCUCUACGUUCUGGGACUAAUGGAAGGCGGGCCGGCUUCACGUAGCCAGAAGAUGCAGGUGAGUGACCAACUUGUGGAGAUAAAUGGUGACAGCACAGCAGGGAUGACCCACAGUCAGGCGGUGGAGCAGAUCCGCAGAGGAGGUCACCGCAUUCAUCUGGUCCUCAAGAGAGGAAAUGGAUAUGUGCCUGACUACGGCCAUAAGCACAGAAUCACCUCCUCCUCCCGCCUGCGUCACCUCCAGGAGCAGAGUAUGGCUGCAGUAGACUCUACCAGGCGCAGGGGGCGCCGCUCCAAGCAGAGGAGGAGAAGCAAAUCUUUGGACGCACGUGAGAAGCGAAGGAGGAGAAGGCAUUCAAAAGGUCGCUCAGGGUUACGUAGCCCCAACUCGGAGCCUAUGGACGACGGGGGGGGGCAGCGGGAGAACGAUCAGAAAGCGAUAAGGAGGAAGAAAAAAUCUCAGAGUUUGCCCAAAGACACCUUGUUGUUUUCUGAUAGUGAUGAUGAGAAAGUGACAGCAAGGGGGAGGAAAGGUGAGAGAGGGAGGAGCAGAGAGAGGAGAGGUGGGAGUGAGGAUGGGAAGCAGGAAGUAGCUUCUGUUGAGGAGAGGGUGGAGGAAAAGACCAAGGAGGUAAAGGAGGAUGUAAAUCUAGAUCGAGGAUGCAGCUCGGAGUACUUUGUACUGCCAAUUCCAAGUCGUGAAAAAAAGCUUCCUCGGCUAAAAGAGGAGAGUGAGGAGGAGAACGAUGAGAACUGGGAAGUGGCGGCAGGCUACCAUAAGAUGAAGCAACUGCAUGCCUCGCUAGAUGAUGACGAGGAUGAAGAUAGCCUUUUCGGCAUCGAGGAAGAUCACGGAGGAGAUGAUGCACGCAAGAGACCUUUCUCAAGUGAUGCCGUGACGUAUUCACAAAGGGAACCGUUCUCCUUCCUCGCUUCCUCGCUUUCUUUAGAUCAGCCGAGGGAUGAUGAGUCAGAGUCCGGAGGCAGCCAAUCAGACGGCAGCGUGUCUGCGGCCAGCAUCUCUGGCCUCUCUCUGGCCACUGCAGAAGCGGGCAGGCGCAGGGCCAUCGUGCUGCCUGGUCCUUGGCUCACACCCAGCCAGCCACCAGUGGGCGGCUCGGGACGUAGAUGAGAACGGGCUCUCUUUUUACGGCGGACGGGGCAGGGCGGCCGAAUGCUGGAUCCCAUUUAACUUUAUUUCUUUAUUUUAUAGAAAAUAAAUUGUGUUUGUUAUUGACACCAAUGCAGUUAUCGACUCCGCAUGCUAACCCAGCUGAGUAUUUAUGGAUUCAUUAAGUCAGUUUGGCUUUUUUUGUCUAUAGAGUAUAUACUGUAUGAGCAAAAUAUUUAAUUUGUAUAAUUUUAAUUUUAAUUUUUAUAUUAUAAUAAAUUAUAUAAUAAAUUAUUAUAAUUAAUUUUAAUUUUUAUAUUAUAAUAAAUUAUAUAAUAAAUUAUUAUAAUUAAUUUUUAUUUAUAUAAUUUUUAAUUUCAAAGGAUGAGGCUCCACACAAUUUCCCUUGGUGUGUAGCAUUAAUGUUAGUUCACGACAGCGGGAAAGUGGUUAGCGCGUAGGCCACACAGCUAGCGACUCGAGUUCGAUUCCAUUCUCUGCCAUCUCUGUGUGGAGUUUGCAUGUUCUUCCUGUGCAUGCGUCGGUUUUCUCCAGGUAUUCCGGUUUCCUCCCACAUUCCAAAAACAUGCUAGGUUAAUUGGUGACUCCAAAUUGUCCAUAGGUAUGAAUGUGAGUGUGAAUGGUUGUUUGUCUAUAUGUGUCCUGUGAUUGGCUGGCCACCAGUCCAGGGUGUACCCCGCCUCUUGCCCGAAGACAGCUGGGAUAGGCUCCAGCACCCUCACGACCUUUGUGAGGAUAAGUGGUAUAGAAAAUGAAUGAAUGAAUAUAUGACAGGCAUACUUCUCAGUUAUGUUACAAAAUGUACACUAUUUAUCAUUCUUCAGGAAGAAUUUUAAUCUGUAAAAUGAAAUUAUGCUUUUUUUUUUUUUUUUUUUUUACUAAAACCACUUAUCAAUCCCUAUCCCUAAAUUAGAAGUUAUAUUCUUUGUGCCUUUUUACUUCGCUGAUGUGACAAGUUGUAAAGACCCAUUUCUUUUCUUUCUGCAUCACUAUUGCCCUCUUUAUGUCAUAUCACGUUUCCACGGUAACAAAUAUACAGUGCGGUGGAUUAGACGUAUGUAUUUACUGCGUCGAUCCCAAGAAUCUUAAUAUUGUUAUUUGCUAACCUCCAUAACCUGGGAGACACUUCUCUCCAAGUCACUGCAUGUUGUUUUUGUGAGCGUCAGGAAGAAAAGCUCUGACUCAAGUCACCUUGGAAGUAAAAACAAACAAAAUGAAUUCACCAAAGGAUUAAAGUUAGAGCCAAACACGAAUCAAAUCAAGAUGGUGGUUAUGAAAAGAAAGAUCACUUUCAUAAUGUGACAAAUUAGGAGCGCAAAUGCAAGGAAAUGCAGGCAGACAUCGCCAAGUGGAGAUAUGGAGAUAUGGAGAUAUGGAGAUAUGGAGAUAUGGAGAUAUACCCUGGACUUAUCUGUGUCUAUGGUAACAGGUGCUUCAACUAUGUAUUUAUAGAUGAACACCAUUCUACCGUGACGUUAUUUACAUUUUUGUACUUUGGGAUUUCAGUUCAUUUGUCAGCCUUUAUUACAUUCCAUAUAUAUCUCACAUCCCUUAAUGUAAUCUGUCUCACCUCUGUACUUUCUCCGAGUAUCUCCUACUAGGCCUACUGUACAAAGCCUGCAUAAAUGUCCAUGUAUACCUCAUGAAGAUGCCGAGCAAUAAUAAUGUAGCUGUCAGCCAUCUGUUUCUGCAGUCAGUCUGGUCUGUGGUGUGCAGACUGUUGACUUAAUGUAGAUGUAUAUUUAUAAUAACGCAAAUCCCCUUUCACUGCAGCUAUGUAUAUUCUGUAAAUAUUUCUAAAGAAGUUUAUGUGUACAUAUAAUACAUUCUAUACUUCACGCGACAGCUAACCACUCAUAUAUUUAUUGUGUGAGCUAUAUAUAUAUAUAUAUACAGAAUAUAUACUGUAUAUUUAAACCCAAGUAGAUUUGAUGAUACCAGCCCCCUAUUUGUUAACGAAUGUUCUCGAAUGUGUUUAAUGUGAAUUAGGAUGAUGAAGUCAGCGUGAAAUGCCAAAAGUAAGCGGUCAGUGUGCACAUUUCGACCACUAUCUGGAGUCUUGACAGUGCUGUGCUCAUUGUGCCACGUACAGUUGCCUUGAUAAAAAAAAAAAAAAAACCAUUCCUUUAUUCUGACCUGAUCUCUCUAACUGUGAAAUCAUUUCAAAAAGGCUCAAAUCACUGGCAAAUCAUUCACAAGCCUCAUUGUUCGGGUAUCCGGGGAUGGAUUUAUUUGUUUUGUAAUUAUGUUAUGGCAAUACAAAAAAAUGGAGUGAAGAGAUACUGUGAGAUGUUAUUUUUCUAUGGAAUUAUCUUUUUUGAAUUACUCAGGUUUUCUGAUACUUUAGAUACGCCAUUCGGGGAGGGAAAGUAACACAUUUUCAUGACAGAUCCGUACAUUAUUUAUGAUUGAGGAAACAUCCGGUGACAAAGACUGUUAUUUUAUUCUAAUAACAAUCCCAUUCAUACAUUCUUGGAUUAGUUCCCAACAUGGUUCAACCCUAAAGAGUGUGUAGCUAAUGCUAAUGCUAAUGGUGUCACAUAACUUUUAUAACCAAUGUUCAUUUCCCAAAGGAGAUUAUAUGUCUGAAAUGUCAACAUCAUUCUAAUAAAAGUGCAAAUAAGCUGCUGAACCAACAUCAUCAAUGUGUUCUUAUUCGCAUUGUUAUUAUAGUAACGAACAGCAGGUGGCAGCAAAAUCACACCCUAUGGAAUGAAUGAAGGGGACAUUUAAAAGUGGUCCAAAAAUAUCCACAAACGGCUAUGCAGAUGUUUGAGAACAAGUCAUACAAAUGUAAUAUGCCCUUGGAUGACAUCUAUCAAAGCAUAAAACCUUGAUCAUGUUCCAGAGAUCAAUUAUUAAGCCUGCUUUUUGACCAUGACAGGGAUUUUACAUUUCUCUCUCACCUCCCCAACGCACGCUAUUAUAUCACCUGUGUAAAAAAAGGAUG